UGUGUGCCAUCCUUGCCGUACCUAGUUACUAACUCAUCCUACGAUUACCAUCAUCAAUGACAUGGACUUUGUGUAACCAUCACCAUAAUUCCCAUUUUCUUCACUUUUAAAUUCUAAACACAUCCAUCUCUCUUCACAAGCCAUUACAAUGAGGUAAACACACAGUCUUGUUCAAAAUCCGGUCACUCCGUCACCGUUCACCAGGUCCACGGCCGUUGGCCACUUUGACCAAUGUCGUUAUUGAAAGGAGCUAGCUCCUACAACGACGAUCAAAAGUCUCCUCAACCCUGGAGGUCCGGAGACCCUUGGUCGCCACCCCAUGAUCCCACGGGACCUUCUGUCCAUACUGGUGAUCCAUCAACAUCGCAUUCUCUAUCGUCAGCUGUCCGGGCGAGAAAGGACGAAUAUAUUCGCAAGGAGACGGUCAAAGUCAAGGUCGGAACCUGGAAUGUCGCCUCGAUAAAUGGCACUGAAAAGGAUCUCGGAGCUUGGUUCGUUGGAGGAUACGGCGUCAAGGGUCUGUCCCAGGACCUGGCUGGCCUCGCUGUUGAAACUCAGCCAGUAGCCGGCCAGGAGAAUUCGAUUGAAUCCGUAGAGGCCCAAGAAGCUCGACUCGCCAAGAAGAAAUCGACUUUGCCCAAGGAUGAUAUCCCCGCUGUCGACCACGACUCCGAUAUCGACUUGUACGUUCUUGGCCUUCAAGAAGUUAUUGACGUCGCCUCCAUGACCGAAGCCGUCAAGCCUUUCACUGACCCCAAUCCGGCUAAGAAAUGGAAGAAAGCCCUCACUACCGCUCUCCCACCGACUUAUCAAAUGGUUGCGGAACAGCAACUGCUUGGCUUACUCAUCCUCAUCUAUGCUUCCCCUACACUGGCCCCUUCUAUUUCCAACGUUAGCACCGCCAGUGUCGGCACCGGCUUGAUGGGCUAUCUUGGCAACAAGGGUGCCGUCUCUGUCAGGUUGAUGCUCGCAGAAACAACAAAGUUUUGUUUCAUCAACUGCCACCUGGCCGCCGGUGCUGAUCAAGCUGCCUUGAAUCGCCGCAUCUGGGACACCAGCCAGGUAUUGAGUCGGACCAGGUUUUCGCCCGUCAGUCCUGAUGGCGAGGUGGUUGAGUCAGGUGAGGAAAAGAUUGGUGACGAAGAUUUUGCCUUUUGGUUUGGCGAUCUCAAUUACAGACUGGACGACAUUCCCGGUGAGGAUGUUCGCAGGCUACUUCUCCUUCAUACGCGAAAUGAAUACGAUGUCACCAAUCAAUCCAAGCGCCGGAUCGACAGUGAGUUGGGCUUCAUCAACGCCCCGUCCUCGGAAUCUGUGCCAGCCCACAAACAUUACGAAUACAGCGACGUGGAACUCCCGGCCUCAGAAAGCGCCGCCGAACCACCAUUGGAUCCCGAGUCCGACCCUGCAUCGCUUCACACCACCAUCAAAUCUCUGCUAGCUCACGAUCAACUUCACAACCAGCAACGCCUGCGCAAGGCAUUUCACGAUGGCUGGAGAGAAGGAGAUAUCAAGUUCUUACCAACCUACAAGUAUGACGUUGGCAGUGUGGGCAUGUUUGACUCGGGCGAGAAGAAGAGGAGCCCCAGCUGGUGCGACAGGAUUCUCUUCCGCACGAGGCGAGAUCUCCAUAUGUCCGAGGAAAAGUCCAAGAGACUAGAAGAAGCUCGCAAAAAGGACGAGGCCAUGAGAGCACAGGGUCUGGACCAAGCCACCGCCGAACAAGACGUUCUUUUCGACUAUGACCCGGAUACGGACGGCCUGGCUUACGGUGACGACGGCGACGGCGACGGUGAGUGCGACGAUGACUUUGGUGAAGCGGAAGAUGCCCUUCACGACGCCGAAUUAGUGCAGACCAGAGAUGAUUAUGGAGACCCCAUCCUUCUUCACCACUACAUCUCGCACCAACGGGUCCUGUCCUCAGAUCACAAACCUCUCGAUGCUAUCUUCACCGUCACCUACGACGCUGUGAUCCCCGAAUUGAAAGCCAGGGUCCAUCAAGAAGUCGCCAAAGAAUUGGACAAGGCAGAAAAUGAGAGUCGUCCUGCCGUGACUGUGGUAGUUGACAAUCUUUCGGAUCUUUCCAAUCCAAACGCUGACGGACCGACAGACAUGAGCGCCGUCGACUUCGGACCUAUCCGCUACCACGAGCGCCAAACUCGAACUGUCACCAUUGCCAAUACCGGCCAGAUACCGGCAACCUUUAGCUUUGUGGAACGACCCUCAGAUGCCGAAGAUGAUGUAAAGGCUGUUCCGGACUGGCUCACACUUGACAUCAAUCAUGAGACUAUCGAACCCGCAACUAAGUCAGGGACCGGCCAAGAGCCGCGCUUCACCCUUUAUCCGGGGGAUAGCACGGUCGUGGAGCUGUCGAUUCAAGUAUCUAAACCCGAGCUUGUGCAUGGCCUCAACUCGAGCGACGUCGAUUUGGACGAUGUUCUGGUACUGAGAGUUGAAAAUGGACGAGACCAUUUCAUUCCUGUCAAAGGCACAUGGCUGCCAUCGGCAUAUUUUCGAACCUUGGGAGAACUCGUUCUGGCACCCGAAGGGGGCGUGCGCCAGAUGCAGCCUCGCCGCGGAGGUGAUGUUGCCGACCAGACCGCCGCCGCGCACCAUUCUGCGCCCAAAGAAUUGUUUCUUCUCACUGAACCGGUCCCCAGCCUUGUUGAACGUUCCAUCGCCGACUGGACAAUGGUCCAUGGCACCGAUCAACCACCUUGGCAAUAUGAAGAACAUGGGCUAUCGUGGCCAUUCGUUCAAGAAACAUGGACAUUUCACCAAGGCGAAGAACGAUCGGAUUUACUCGCACGAGUAAGAGAAUCAUUGGACAUGGCGAGGCCGCUGGAUGAAAGCUUUGACGCAGAUGUCACGUGCCUGAUUCGACUCGAAGUACUGGCCGAAGUGUUACUGACCUUUCUCGAGUCUCUGCAAGACGGAGUGGUGACAGCAGAAGCAUGGAAAGAGAUUGAACAGCAUCUUGACGACAUGGAUAAAAGUAAGGUGCAAGGCAGCGAAGCCGACAUCCAGGAAAUGGCAAUGGACUCGUUGUCCCGGUCUCCGGUGCACAGUGUGUCGUUUACGUUUAUCACGUUUAUGCUGACGCGAAUCAUCAAUGAGCUGGUACCUUAUGGGGUAAUGCCGCCCAGCGCCGCAACGGCACCUGCAAGUCCUCGAGAUUCCAAACGCUCUCGGACGUCGACGCUCUCCAGCGAGACUGGACCAGCGCUGCAGUCAGGCCAGACAACCCCUUCGAAACGUAGUCUGUUUUCGCCGUUACGUCGGCGGCGGGCCGAAAGUGCAUCAUCUUCGUCAGGAGUGGCGGCCACAGUGGAGGAGCUCUUAUUCGAGCGACGCCAGAAGUUGGCAGCGGCAUACAGCGGCAUUUUCGCAGGUGCCAUCAUCAGGUCAGAGAAGGAUUCUACGGUCAAGGGAAAGGAGAAGAAGGCCUUGGAGGCACGUAAACAACGGGUGAUGCAAUCAUUUCUGGAUGCCAGGCAUAUAUAAGAGACAACCGGAGACGAUUCUCGGGGACCAGGCAUGCACAGAGGGAAAUUAAGGCAUUGUACAGGUGGGAUUGUCUCCCAACAUCAUCUUUCACGCCUCGCUAGGAUCUGUCCAAAGUAUCCCAGUGUGAAAUGGCAUUGUAUCGGAUAGGAGGCACACCAAUAUAAAGCAGUACGGUGCCAGGCGGUUCUGGUGAUGACCCAAACGCUCUCUCUAUCAGCGAAACUUGGUGGCCACAAAAUCCCACCAUUGUUGAUGCCGUGGCCCAACCCAAAGAGUGAUGAGCACAUGCCUGAGUUAACAUCAUCUGGUCAAGUAAAAUGGCUUGAGUUGACAAGGUCACGAGUCUAUCUACCAAGAAACAUCUCCAGAUCCCAACUUUUCUUAGAGCGUGAAACUAAGCUUCUCUAGGCGGCCAAGGGCGAGCUUGUCUGAACUGGUGGAUGGCCAAAUUCCCAAGCAAAGUCAUAUGGCAUCCAUUCGACUGGUGCAACUGAUCAGCUGCGCAAUUAACUGACCACACAUGCUGCGGUGGUACGUGUUGAUCUCCUACGCCUGGUACCUCAAACUGGUUUCAAAGCGGACAUGUGCACCCGUUUUCCUCUCAA